AUGCAUAAAAUGACUCAAAGAUUUAUAAUAGAAAUACCAGAACAUGAAUACAUAGAUGGAAAGGUGUUCUAUUUGAUCAGAACAACAAAUAUUGAAAACAAUUGUACAAAAGAAGUGAGAAAGAGAUAUUCAGAAUUAGAACUGAUUCAUUUGAGAAUACUAGAUUGGAUCAAUAUAUUCAAAAUACAAAUCCCCUUACUCUAAUUUCCUAAAAAAAAAAUUCUAUUCUCCACCAACAUAUCAGAGGAAAGUGUAAUCAAAAGGGUAUUUAAAUUUUGCUAUUAUAGAGAUGGGAAUUGUAAAUAUACUUAAAUGAGAUAUUCCAACAUUAGGAUCUUUAUGGACUUGGAGCUCUUUAAGAAUUCUUACCUAUAGUUAAGAAUCCAAAUGUAUAGGAAUCAAAAAACGCAAAAUCUAAUAUAAAUUGGCAGGAAAUUGAAGACCUGAAAAAAUCAUAUUUAGCCAAACAUGAAAGUGAAGUGAUUUCUUUGCCUUAGUCAAAAUUUUUCAACUAAAACAAGUAAUGAUAAUAUAUAUAUUCUAGAUAAUAAUAUACGUUUAAAUUUGAAGAUCACAAAAUACAAGAUCAUUCUGCAAUCUAUAUGAUAUCAAUUAAUGAUCAAAUGACAGGCAAGAACUGGAAAUUUAGUUAAAGAUAUAAAGAUUUAAGAGAAUAUCAUCAUUAGUUAAAGAAACUGAAAUUGUAGUUUGAAUUACCAGAAUUUCCUGAGAAGAAAUUCAUAAAUUUAGACGAUGUUUCUGAUUUAUCAGAUAGAAAGAGAGACUUGGAGAAUUAUUUAAAUUAAAUUUUUAAGUAUAAUAUUGUUCUAAAUUUAGAUAUCCAGAAUUAGUUUAAAGCGAUGUAAUGGUGUUCUUUAUUGCUAAAAGUUAAUUAUAUUGCAAUGAAAUUGGAUGUAGAUCUAAUGACUAAGCAAAAAAUACAUUAGAAUUUUCAAGAAUGAAAAGUAAAUCCAACAUAAUAUCUCCGAAUGUUGAAUAAGAUUCGAAAGUUCCUCGAAAAAUAACCUGUUGA